AUGCGGGGGAGUAAAGAUGCGGGGCAGUAUCGAUGCGGGGAAGCAAUGAUGUGGGCGAGUAUCGUUUCCACAGAAUGUGCAGCUCUCCCGGGUCUGAGAAGAAACCGUGUGGUCGGUGGAAAUGAAGCGUCACCUAACCACUGGUCCUCUGUCGGUAGCCUCCAAACAAUAUCCUCUACCUACAUCUGUGGCGGAAGCAUCAUUACUCCAAAUUGGGUUGUUACUGCGGCACACUGUUUGGAUUCUAUCCACGACGAUGCUGAUGACUAUCAAGUCGUCUUUGGUGAUCAUAAUCAAGAUCCAAGUUCUGGACGGGAAGUAAUUGCGCGUGUGUCCAGGAUUAUCAAGCAUGAGCAUUAUGGAAGUGACGGUCCUGGUUUCCGAAACGAUAUCGCACUGCUGAAGUUGAGCCAGCCGGUGCAGUUUACCCGGUACAUACAGCCUGCUUGCCUGCCGACAGUGAACAACGUAUUUACUUCGUCAGACGAGUGCUUGAUACUAGGUUGGGGAGAGACAAAAGGUACAAGAGAAAGUAACGUCCUGCUGAGGGAACUGCGCCUUGACAUCAUACCCAACACCAACUGCUCUGCCAUGUGGUCCAAGUACCCGCAUCCAGGAGCCAGGGUGUUGCCAUUUCACAUCUGUGUCGGGGUUGUAGGCAGUGAAACUUGUAACGGUGACAGCGGCGGCCAUGUCUUCUGCAAGAAAGGAGAUCAAUGGGUGACGGUGGGCGUGUCCUCGUGGGCAGUUGGCGACUGUGACACCCCCGAGUUUCCAGCAGUAUAUUCAAGGAUCACCUCCUAUUUGUCCUGGAUACGACACAUCAUACAGCAAGAUACUACUACCACCCCAGGGGCUGCAUUUGGAUGA